CGACUUCGCGGAAGAGAUAGUGCCAGAACGUAUGCGCAGCGGGGAUUACGUUCGUCGAUUGAUCUCCGGGAAGCAGAACGCAAAGAAAGACACGAUAGAGCCGAUUUCCUGGUACGAAGUGCCCGAUCGAGGUAACUUCGGCAAUCUGGCUUGCGUCAAGUAUGUUGCCGGCAAGCCGCAAUCGGUCAGGAAACCGUACUUCAAGGUUGCCGAUUUACGUCCCUCGGACAUCAAAAACGAUGUCAAUUUUCUGAGUUACUACAGCAAGAAUCGCGAGGCGGCGGCUAACGCCUUUAAAACAGACAAAAGAACGGAACCGAAGCCGGAAAAGAGACAUGAAUCAAAGCGGGAAAAAGCGGAAACGAAAGAAACGAAAGACGAAGCGGCCAAAACGUCGAUAUUGGAACCUGCGAAGGAGCCAGAAAAAGAGAUUCAAGCUGAACUGGAACCUGUGAAAGAGCCUGAAGUUAUAUCAGAAAUCGCAACACAACCUGAAUCUGUAUCUGCGAAGGAGCCUGAAUCUGUGAAAGAACCUGAACCUGCGAAAGAAAUACCGAAAUCCUUGAAAAGAGCCAAACGUGCGAAAGAACCGGAGCCUGCGAAGGAAGCACAACCUGCUAAGGAAUCAGAGUCUGCAAAGAAAGCAGAACCUGUUAAGGAAUCAGAGCCUACGAAGGAAGCAGAACCCGCAAAGGAGCCAGAGCCAGUGAAAGAACCAGAACCCGCGAAACAGGCAGAAUCUGUAGAUGUACCGGAACCCGUAAAAGAACCGGAACCAGAAACUGCAAAAGAGGCUGAACCUGCGACCAAGCCAGAAUCCGAGCUCACGAAGGAAGUAGAAGUCGCGAAGGAGCCUGAAUCACCUGCCGUAGGAUCAGCAAAAUCGCUAGAAUCGGAAAGUGUGCAGCAGUCAGAAUCAGAAGCGGUUGAAGAACCGGUAUCUGGGCUAGAAUCCAAACAAGAACCUACACCGGAAACGAGUUCAGAACCUCAAACUACAGAAGCUGUAAGUCAGUCGGAGAAAACAGACGAGGAGGCAACGAAUGAAAACGGAGUGAAGAGGAAAGGAGACAAGCAGCGGAAGAGGAAAGAGUGAAACUCGAAGUCGACGAGUUAAAGGCAUGGGAAGCAUUGAAAGUAGCACAGGAACGAGUAGCUCAUCUCGAUGAAAUUGUCGAGCAAGAGCAAGCUGAAGCUCAGAGGCAAGCCGAGGAGGAGAAACUGGAAGUUCAACGAUUGGAAACCGAAAGAAUACUGGAGGAAGAAAGGGAAAUUGCAGAAGCCAAAACAACGGCUUUGUUGAAACAACAGGAGCAAACGAUCAUAGAGGAACACCUCGAGAAGGUUCGUCAAGAGGAGGAAAAAGAAGAGAGGUUAGCGAAUGUUACGUUUGACGACGUAGACGAAGUGAAAGACAUCGAUCAUUCUUGCGACGAUGUGGUCACAUACGAUAUCACUGAUCAAGAAAGGGAAGAAAGGCCUUAUGAUCCAAUUACAGACGAUGAUACGAGGAUCGAGGAGGAAGCACACGAAGAAGAACACUUCGAGUUGUCAGAGGAUCCUUUCGUCGAGGAACCAGAAGGAGCAGAAAAUAGACCCGUAACUGGUGGGAACGCGGUCGAAGAAUCGCCAAAAAUCGAAGAAGUAACUUCUGGCGGGGAAGAGAGUUUCGAAUGGGGUGACGAAAACGCU